UCUGGCAGAGUGGGCUGCCCUUGGCAGAGGUGUGAGGGGGUCCUGUGUGUCUGCACCGGCAGUACCGGACUGAGCGAAAGGUGCGGGGCGCACGGAACGGUUUCACAUUGUUGAUUCCGAGCCGAGAACCUCCGGCCUCCGAGCUGGCUGCAAACCAGGACAAGAGAGAGAGACACACACACAUAGGGACAGACAGACAGACAGACAGAGGAAAGGACACAUAGGCAGACACACACAUGUAGAGACAGAUAGACACACACACACACACACACAGGCAAGAACAGACAGAGGCAGGGACAGACAGACAGACACACGAGGGACAGGCGCACAGACAGACACACACAGGCAGUUACAAACACACAGGAAGGGUCACACACACACGGGUGGGAUAGACGCGCAGGCUCACACACACUGACGUACACACUGACACCCACAGUAACACCCACACACACACACACAGUCUCUCUCUCUCACAUACACACAAGCCGAGCGAGAUGGACGGGCAAUCAGACAGAUGAAGCUCCCUCCGGAGAUUCACAGUAACGCAAACACGGAGAGCGGGGAAGUGCAUCGAUAGGGGGAUCACACAGACACGGUGAAGCACGUAGAGACGGGCGCAUACUGAGUCACACUCAAAAUGGACUGAAGGAGCAAAUUAGAAAGGAGUUUUUUUUUAAACUCCGUCGAGUCACUGCCAGUCAGGAGGCAGAGCGGACUACCACCAGGCUGAUGCGUAAUUAUUAGGUAGUAGAAUCGACACCGGCAGCCCUUCUGCUCUGACAACAUGAAAAAAAUCUGGGCGAAGAAACGACUCCAGAAGGCCGGCCAUCCCACCCGCACACUCGGACGACUAACUCAUGACUCGGAGGAAUGCGGUGAAGAGGAGGUGUUUGAAGUGCAGAAGACAGAACCCUCCCAGGAACAACAGGGCCCUCAGAGUGUGGUCCGAAGAGUGCCCACAGGAGGAGAGCUCGAGUGUUUCACAGACUCGACCUCGGAGAGCACCCCCUCCUCACUGCGGACCGCCCCCGAGCACCAGGUGACCCCGGAGGCCCCGGGCACUGCCCAGCAAUCGCCGGCGUGGAGUUGGAGCGCGGGGGUGGGAGGACGCGAGGAGGAGGCGGAGGAGGAGCUCAGUGCCGGCCCAGCCCAGGGGAGCCCCAUGUCGGAGGCCCCAAGGCAAGCAGCGCAGACCGGCCACGCUCACGUCCGGCACCUGGGGGUUGAGCCGCUUCUUCGGGCCUCCCAUUCUAAUCUGGCCUAUAGUAGCUGGGGUUCGGAAGACAGCCUGUCUGUUACUAGUGAUGUGUACGGCAGCAUGUUCAGCCUGUACAGAGGGAAAUCCUUGUUUAUACCUGUGGAACUCUGUGAGGAUUCACUGGUCAGGAGCCACCUCGAGGGCCGCCUGGACACAGGCCUCAGUCGGAACCCAAUGGCCCAGACACAAGGAGCCCAGCCUGGAGGCCCCCCUCUUGCCAGCCUGAAGGGGCACCCAGCCAAUGCCAGGCUCCCGUCAGCCAGCCCUCUGACCCCACGACGCAGGCUCAGCACACCGACUGAGUUCAGCGACACGGUCCCGGCGGAGUUCCAGGACAAGGCCAAGAAGCCGAAGGUGGAGGGCGAGGCUGGGGAGAGCAGCGGCGGCCCCUCUCCCGCCCACUCCCGCUCGGGCUCCAGGGUGCUGGAGCGGGCGAGGGGCCUAGAGUUCUUCCCGGAACGCCGGCGGAGCCUGGAACUGGCUGACGGGCAGGCCUGGCCGGGUUUCAGGAAGUCCCGCUCCUUUGACCAGGCAGACUCCCGUGGCGGUGGCGGGCUGGGGGCCCGGCGCCAGACCUCCCUGUCUGACCUGCUGCAGGCGGAGGGGGUUGGGGCAGAGCAAAGGCGUUCCCUCUUCCGCCGCAAGGCAGCCUCCUUCGACGAACCCAGGGCCCGGGAUCUGGAGGCCAAGAUUGCAGAGGAACUGAACCGCAUCAAGAGGGCAGCAGCGGGCUCCCCGUCCAGGCCUGCCCUGAGGUCACCCCUCCUCGAGAGGGCCAUCAACCGGGAGCUGUCAUCGCGCAAAGCAGUGUCUGGCCUGAAAGCGGAAACCCCACGCAGGAGCCUCGAGAGGCAGACGACCCCCAGCCCCUCUCCUCCUCCCACCCUACUCGAGCCACGGCAGGUGUCUGCUAGUCCCUUGGAUCUUCCACGUCUGGCAGAAUUCCGCCCAACGCCCAUCCUGGCCCGGCCUCCUCUUGCCACAGAGAAGGUCAGGAAGAUAACCCCAAUCUCCAACACUCGUUCACCGAUCGCCACCAAGCCAGGGGUGGGCGGGGGCUCUGGUCCAAGCCUAAGGGGACCCUCGCCUCCCAUCUCUGGAGAGACCUCGUUCCCGGCCAGUGCUGGGCCACCUAGGCCAGAGGGAGCCAGUCUGGGUGCGGCUCCGCCAGAGAGUUCUCCAAGACUCGGCCUCACGCCUCUUAGCCCCGCUGGUGAGACUGGUGGCAUGAGCACUCGGACCAUCCCCAGGGCCAUCCGGGAGAAGGAAAAUCCUGAAAAAGAGAGCGUGGGAGAGGAGAAGUCGGCCCGCAAAUCAUCCAGAGGGAAAUUCAAGAAAUCUCGCCCUGUGUCUCCAGAACUGGAAUCCUCAGACGACUCGUAUGUUUCGGCUGGUGAGGAUCCCUUGGAGCCACCAGUGUUUGAAAUCAGCAUCAUUGAUGCAGUGGUCACAGUGGGAUCUGCUGUUCUCUUGAAAUGUAUCAUCACUGGAACCCCCUUGCCUGAAGUAACGUGGAAGAAAGACGGGGAAAUCCUCAAAACCAGCCAGACGCACAUCCUCAAAGCAGAAGGGGAGAGGCACACUCUCUUCAUCCCCUCGGCUACGAUGUUUGAUGGCGGCCUGUACUCUGUCAGCGCAGCCAAUGAGGUCGGCUUGUCCAGCUGUUGUGCCUCAGUCCAGGUUCGGACAGAUUCCACCACUGACUCUCGAUCCCAACCCAUCCCGGCCGAGCUCUACAGCCCCAUCACCUCGGACGAGGAGUACCUCAGCCCCUUGGAGGAGCCUGGUGACCUCGCGUACAAAGGCAGGCAGGCUGUGCCGCCACCCGAGGCGGAAGGGCAGCGAAGUGCAGAUGAGCGGCAGACUGUCAUCAGAAGCCACUUCAAAGCCCCGCCCACCUUUGAGGUGCCUUUGAGCAACCAGACUGCAGUGGAAGGAGAGAACAUUAGUCUGACUGUGUGCGUGCAGGGCGAGCCGAAACCUAUCAUUUACUGGCUACGGAACCGGGAGCCGGUGAAGGCUGACAACCGCCACCACAUGCUGGAGGGUGAGGGCGGACGGUUCCACCUCAAUAUCAUGGCCGUGCAGAGGUCCGACUCUGGAAUGUACUCCUGCAAGGCCAUCAAUGAAUACGGCACCAAACAAUGCAGCAGCAAACUGGAAGUGAAAGGCCACCGCGAUGCGCAAGUGUUGGCGAUCAUGGCGCCAGCUCGGGACAUCACGGUGAACGCCGGCGAGUCGGCCUUCUUCGAGUGUGAGGUGCGUGGCCCCCCUGAUGUUGACGUCGACUGGCUGACCAACGGGAAGCUGGUCCAGCCCGCUCUGCUGAACUGCAAGAUGCACUUUGAUGGCAAAAAGUGCAAGCUGCUCCUAAAUUCGGUGCAUGAAGAUGAUUCGGGAGUAUAUACCUGCAAAGUUAGCACGGCAACAGAUGAGAAGACAUGCAGUGCCCAGCUGACAGUACUGCCCUCCAUCCCUCCACUCUUCACUCGGAAGCUGGAAGACGUCUUUGUGAUCGAGGGCAGGACAGCCCACCUCGACGUAAAAGUGAGCGGGACCCCUGCCCCCACCGUCAUCUGGACGCACUUCGGUGAGAAGGUCGUGGAGACAGACGAGGUACGGAUCGUGAGAGACCGAGGGUUGCAUUCCCUGCUCAUCAUGCACGCCGUGUCUGAGAACGAGGGGGAAUACUCUGCCAUUGCCCAGAACGCUCACGGCGAUGCCUUCUGCUCAGCAGAGCUCUACGUUGAGGAGCCACGACCAAUCAUGGCAUCACCAAUGGCCAAGCUGGAGAAGAUGCCAUCCAUCCCUGAGGAGCCUGAGAUCCCGGAGAACGAGGUGGAACGGUUCACCAUGCCAGACUUCAUCAGGCCCAUCCAGAACGUGGACGUGACGGAGGGGAAGGAUGCAGUGCUGGAGUGCCAGGUGACGGGGCUGCCCUACCCCACCAUAAGCUGGUACCACAAUGGCCAGAAGCUGCAGAGCACCGAGGAGAGGAGGAUGACGCAGUAUAAAGACAUCCAUCGCCUCGUCAUUCGCAGCAUCGACCAUUCGCACGCUGGCGUUUACAAAAGUGUGAUAGCGAACAAGGUGGGGAAGGCCACUAGUUAUGCCCACAUCUACGUGUCUGACGUUGUCCCUGCCCCUCCCAGCGGGCCGCCAGUGGUGGUGGGAGUAACCGGUCGCACCAUCACUCUCCGGUGGAACAAACCGAAGAAACUUGACCCGGCGAUAGAUCCCACCAGCCUAACGUACGUCAUUCAGUGCCAGGUGCUGGCAUCUGCUCAGUGGCACAUCCUGAAAACUAACAUCCGGGACACCAGCUUCACCAUCCAGUCUCUGAACAAAGGCAUCCAGUACCUCUUCCGCAUCCAGAGCGCCACAUCCAAGAGCUGUAGCAAACCUUCGCCAGUGUCGGAGCCCGUCAAGCUGCUGGACAGAGGCCCGUACCUGGAGGAGGCUCCCAGCUUCAUAGACAAACCAGAUGUGGUGUUUGCCGUGGAGAACCAGAGCACUUCGAUAAUCUGUACGCUGAACUACGUGCAGGCAGACGUCACCUGGACCAGGAACGGCGUGGAGCUGACACACCGACCCCGGGUGUACGAGCUAAGCAUGCCCGACGAUGACCAGCACAUGCUGAAGAUAGUGAAGGUCAGCAGGGCUGACGUUGGAGAGCUGGUGGUCUCGGCCAGGAACCAGCACGGAGAGGACACCUGCCGAACCCUCCUUCACCUGGCAGAGGCACCACGGUUUGAAUCUAUCAUGGAAGAUGUGGAGGUGAGGCCGGAGGAAACAGCCAGGCUGGCCGUUGUGGUGGAAGGGAAGCCAGUGCCUGAUAUUCACUGGUACAAAGACGACACCUUGCUGGAGGAGAGCAGUCACCUGUCCUUUGUGUACGAUGACAGCGAGUGCUCCCUGGUGAUCCUCAACACCACCGCAUCCGACAGCGGCGUCUACACCUGCACGGCCCGCAACCUGGCCGGAGAGGUGUCCUGCAAGGCAGAGCUGACUGUGCAGAAGGGAAAAGCUGAGAGCACCGAAGCAAUGGAUGAUGAAGAGACAAUCCUACGGAAGAUGAGACUGCUGACUGACUACUAUGACAUCCACCAAGAGAUCGGCCGCGGUGCGUUUUCCUGCGUGAAGCAGGUCAUGGAGAAGAGCAGUAACCUCGACUACGCGGCCAAGUUGAUCUCCUUUCGCGCCACUCCCCGGGAAGAUGCCAUUCGGGAGCUCGAGAUCUUGUCCCGUCUUGACCAUGAGAGAAUCGUCUAUUUCCACGAUGCCUUCGAGAAGAAGAACAGCGUCACCAUCAUCCUGGAACUCUGUGCUCAGGAGGAACUGUUCGAUCGAUUGAUCAAGAAACCCGUUGUUUUGGAAGCUGAGGUGAGGUUCUACAUCCAACAAAUACUAGAGGGAAUCAGAUACCUGCACCAGAACAUCAUCCUUCACCUGGACAUCAAGCCUGAUAACAUCCUCAUGGCUGACCUGGCCAGUGAGAACAUCCGGAUCUGUGACUUCGGGAACGCUCAAGAGUUCACUCCGGACACACCACAGUACUGUCUGUUCGGAACACCUGAGUAUGUCUCACCAGAGAUAGUUAAUCAGACGCCCGUCUCACGGGGCACCGACAUCUGGCCCAUGGGAGUCAUCGCCUACAUUGGGUUGACAGGGAUCUCGCCAUUCGCCGGAGAGAACGACAGGUCUACCUUGUUGAACGUGAAGAACUACGAUGUGGCCUUCGAGGAGAAGAUGUUCACGGACCUGAGCCAGGAGUCAAAGGACUUCGUCACCAGGCUACUGGUGGAGGACAGGCACCGGCCAUCUGUAGAAGACUGCCUCCAGCACGCAUGGUUUUCGAGUACCUGCAUGGUGAACAGGAAUGUGAUCAGUACGGACAAUCUGAAGGCUCUGGUGUCCCGAAGGAAAUGGCAGCGCUCCCUCAUCAGCUACAAGUCCUCGAUGGUAGUUCGGUCCAUCCCUGAGCUGCUGGCUGACCUGUCGGGCCCCGGCAGCCUCGGUCUGCCCCGCCAGCUGCGGGAGCCACGCCUCUCUUCUUCCUCAGACUCAGACGAAGUGGAUGAGCUGCCACCGCUCUUGCCUGUCCCUGUGCCAAUUCCAGUGGAGCCUCCGAUGUCCCGGACACCCCUGCGCAGUCUCCGCAGCCCAGAACAGGAGGAGGGGAGCCCAGCCAUUGCCACGGGCGAGGAGCGAAUCUCACAGGCCCGAACUAGUGAGGGGGAGGCAAGCCAAGACACAGUUGGCCAGGUCGGGCCUGAGGCCACGCCUGCAGUCAUCAUCUCCCCUUCAGAGCAGGAGCCACGGACGAGGCCGGGCCUAGGCCUCAGUGCAGAGGCCCCGGAGCGGUCCUCCCAGCGCCGAAGGGGCGAGUUCCGGCGUGGCAGCUCAGCUGACUCAGCCUUGGCCCUGCUGGGGUCGGGGUUGGGUAGCUCAGAUGCCGGGCCGGGCAGGCAGCCUCCAUCUCCAGCGGCCGGAGCCUUGAAGAAGUCAAUGUCUAUGGAGCUGCCACGAAGAAGCCCGAGCCCUGGGGCCCGUAGGCCUGAGGAGGUGGGCGGUAGGCGGCGGGGAGCACCGGGCACAGAGGACUACAGUCUGAAGCUAGAGCUGCUGCGGCAGCGGCUGUUGAGGGCGGGCUCAGUGGAUGGCAGGAUGAGCGGCCUGCGUGGGCCACUGCUGGAGCGCCUGGGCCUACCUGAUGGUGAGUCCAGACCUCCAGGGCCAUCCCCACUGCAGAGUACCACCAUCGAGCGCCAGGCCCCAAGGCCUCCCAGACCACAGCCUCCACGGCUGGCACGGGCUGCCUCAAGUGAGACAGCCCCAGGGCCGGAGGAGCAUGAGCGCCGACCACUGCGCAAGACAGCCUCCUUCUCACAGGCCGAGCCCCCCGCACUGCACCGGCGGAUAGGAGCUCCAUUGGAGAUCCCCCUGAGACCCAGUGCAACACGGACCCCCAGCCCAGAGCCCCGGUUCCCGCUCAGGGAGUCGCCAUCACUCUCAGCCCUGAGUGAGCCACCUGCCGGGCCCGUUGCCCCACCCAGAGCACACAAGCCUCUGGGGCCACAGGCCCAGGCAGCACCUGGGACUCCUGAGGCCGAUGGACCCUGCACCAGAGUAAUGAUCGGAAAGACUGCAGUGGUCACCCACAGCAACCUGUCCCCUGAGCCUCCCUUACUUCAGGCCGCUCCCGAACCAUUAAUUCAUGGCCGGCCUGAACCAUUGCCCCAGGCCCAUGCUGAGCCUCCUUUACCUCAGACCCAGCUCACAGUAACUUCAUCCCAAGCUAGACUUGAACCAUCUCAUCAGGCACAGUCCGAGUCUCUCUUAAACCAGGCUCAACUCACAGUAACUUUAUCUCAGGCCAGACCUGAACCAUUACCUCAGGUGAGGCCUGAACCUUUAUCCCAGGCCAAACCUGAGGCAGCCUUAUCCCAGGCCAGACAGGAACUAUUACCUCAUGCCAUACCCAAGCCUUUAAACCAGGCUCAGCCACAGCUCAUACCCCCCAUCACAGGUGAGCCCCCCUCUUCACCCUUCAUACUGGAACCCAUCACUCCACCUCCUGGCUUCCGCUCAACUGAUCUGGAGAGCAGCCUAGGUAUGGCAUCCAGGUCCCGGGAGGAGAUCGCAGGAGGCCCUGAGGAGGCAACCAGGUCAAGCAGGGAGGGUCGCCCGAUCAAGGCCAAGGCGUCCAGCGUAGCCCAGUGCCUGAACAUCGAAAACAUCGAGUCUGAGGAAGUGUUUGAGGCGCGAUUCAAGAGGAGCAAGGAGUCGUCCCUCAGCCGGAGCCUGAAGCACCUAAUGAGGCCCAAAUCAGAGGAGAAGGUGGAGCGACUAACUGAAGCCAGAGACGCAAUGUACAGGCCCGGGGCCAGGGGCGAGCCCUUGCAGCUGGUUAAGGCCCAGGAGCCCCUGGCAGACCAACGGGAGAGCAGGUCGAGGUCCGAGCAAUGCCUUCCAGAAGCCUCGAAGGAUCCUGGCUUCAUCAGAAAGCUGUCACUGCGGCUGAAGGGUGACAGCAAGGAGGAGAAGCCGAGGGAGGGCGUCCUAACCAAGGCAUCCCAGCCUGCAGGGAGAGGCAGUGAGACGGAGAGGGAGGAGUCAGCAGGGGAGCGGCAUGAUCCCGAGGUGCUCCGGAAGCAGGCCAAGAGCUCACCAGGGAUGACAAUGCGGAGGAAGAUUGAGUCGACACUAACUGGCAUCUCCCUGCGCUUCGCCCGUAGCCAGUCAGAGGAGAGGGUGCAGGAGGCCCCUGCACAAGCCGAACCCCCUGUCCAGCGCCAGGCCAAGGAAGGCAAGCGGCCCUUCCUGUCCCUGCUGAGGCGCUCGACCUCGGAGGCUGGCUCUCUGAAGAAGGUGGGCGUCCCUCAGAACCAGCUGGCCACGCAAGCCCGCUCCGCGCCCUCCUCCGAGUCCCUGCAGUCGGAUGUCAGCUCGUCUGCCAAGCAGGAGAGAGCAUCCGUGCACGGAGAACGCAAGUCCCGGUGGGACCGAUGGGGGUUCUCGCGAAUGCGAAGAGAUAAAGCGAUAUCACAGCCCAACAUCUCGCUCGCCGUAGCUGCUGAGGACGUCUCGACGGUAUAUCAUAGGAGUGCCUCAGAUUUCCCACCCGUCUUCCAUGUAAAACUGAAGGACCAGAUGCUGAUGGAAGGUGACGCCCUCACCCUGUGCAGUUUGCCAGCAGGGAGCCCGAAUCCUGUCGUCACCUGGAUGAAAGACCAGAAGCCCCUGCUGUCUGACGAACGUGUGAAGGUCGUCUCAAGUGCCGACGGACGGCAGCUGGUGACCAUCCUGAAGACCACGAUAACAGACGUUGGGGUCUACGAAUGCACGGCCUCCAACGCCCUGGGCACGGCUGCCAGCUCCUGUACCGUAUCCCUCGCGCGUCUACCUGGGCAACCAGGACGCCCUGAGAUCCCUCAGAAGUACAAGAACACAGCGUUGGUCCUGUGGAAGCCAGCUGACUCGCCUGGUCCAUGCAGCUACACCCUGGAGCAGAAACUCAAAGGGGAGGAGCUGUGGAAAGUGAUGGCUACUGGGAUCACCGACUGCUUCUACAAUGCCACCGAGCUGACCGAGGGCACACUCGCGUUCCGAGUCGCCUGCGUCAACAAGGCCGGGCAGGGACCCUACAGCCAAAGCUUGGAAAACAUUGUCAUUGAGGACGAGAAGCUGGCCGCAAGAGAGCCAGAGCCAGCAGCAACAACAACAGCACCCCCUACAAUCUCUCCAGUGCCCGUGUACUCUGCCAAGGUGAAGCCAGCCGUCCCUGUCACGAUUCCCACCUCCAGCCCCUCAAUGGCAGCAACCACCGUACCGGCAAAGACGACAGCCCCUUCCCCUUCUCGAUUCCACUCCAACCUCAUGACCACAGUGACACCCAGCCCGCUCAAGCCAGCAGCCCCCAGCCCGCCCAUCUCACCGACCUCAGCUGCCGUAUUGCCGCUCCCACUGCCCUCGGUCGCCCCAGCCCCCUCCCCCAGCGUCUCCCCAGUGGGACAGGAGCCCUCAGCAUCACCCACCCGGAUCUCCCCCACCUCCAAACCGGCAGACGGCACGGGCCUCAGGCACGGGGUCCCACAGAAACCAUAUACCUUCAUGGAAGAAAAAGCCAGAGGCCGUUUUGGUGUGGUCCGAGAGUGUAAAGAAAACUCCACUGGGAAGAUUUUCAUGGCUAAGAUUAUCCAUUACGAAGGAGAGAACAAACAAGCAGUCCUCCAAGAGUAUGAGGUCCUCAAAGCCCUCCACCAUGAAAGGAUCAUGUGUCUCCAUGAAGCCUAUGUCACCCCUCGAUACCUGGUACUCAUUGCAGAAAACUGCAUGGGCAAGGAGAUACUCUACAGUCUGAUUGACAGGUUUCGGUACUCGGAGGAUGAUGUGGUGGGAUAUAUCCUUCAGAUCCUGCAGGGACUGGAAUAUCUCCACAGUCGCCGGAUCGUCCACUUGGACAUAAAGCCUGACAACAUCAUCGUCACCUUCCUCAAUGCCGUCAAGCUGGUGGACUUUGGCAGUGCCCACUUCUUCAAUCCGAUCGUGCCUAGGGCUCUGGGGCAUCGCGUGGGCACACUGGAAUACAUGUCUCCUGAGAUGAUGAAGGGCGACCCCAUCGGACCACCGGCUGAUAUCUGGGGUCUGGGCGUGCUGGUCUACAUCAUGUGAGUAGAGCAUUUAUUGGUGUGUGUGAGCACAACGAUGGAAAGGGCCGGCUGGGGCUGCGUCCUGCCUGAUGGCCGGCAAAGCUUGCUGACCGGUUGUCUGUUCCUCUGGCGCCUAUGUUUACCAUGGGAGGGGGCCAGUGCCAGUGACUCUGCUCCCUGUGCUUGCAUGUGGGGCUGGGAGGGUGUCAUGGGGAACAGGCAAGGAAAGAACACUCCAGCUCCAACGCAGCCAGUGGAACAUAGGAGAGGAACAGGCCCUUCAGCCCACGAUGCCUGUGUCAACCAUGCAGCCAAAAUAUCUAAACCUGCUUGUCUGCUCACGGCUGGAAUCCCUCCACACCCCGCCUGUCUAAAUUAUUCUAUUUUAUCUGCUUCCACACCUCCAUUAGCAGUGCAGUCAGGCACC